AUGGGUAUCCAGGCACCGGGAUUGCUUAGCCCGUGGCCCUGGCUGCUGCUGCUCGUGGCUCUCCGGGGUUCUGAAGCCACAUCUGCUCUGAACAAGCCCACCGGUCCCCCCGCCCAGCAGGCGCCCGGGGCUGGCCUUGCCUCAGGCCCAGCGCUGGGCGAGAGGAUCACUGUCUUCGAGCUGGACUAUGACUACGUGCAGGUCCCCUACGAGGUCACCCUCUGGAUCCUUCUCGCUUCCCUGGCAAAAAUAGGCUUCCACCUGCACCACAGGCUGCCGGGCCUCAUGCCGGAGAGCUGCCUGCUCAUCAUUGUGGGCGCGCUGGUGGGCGCCAUCAUUUUUGGCACCGACCACAAAUCGCCUCCGGUCAUGGACUCCAACAUCUACUUCCUGUACCUCCUCCCUCCCAUUGUCCUGGAGGGCGGCUACUUCAUGCCCACCCGGCCCUUCUUGGAGAACAUCGGCUCCAUCCUGUGGUGGGCAGGCCUGGGCGCUCUGGUCAACGCCCUGGGCAUCGGCCUCUCCCUCUACCUCAUCUGCCAGAUCAAGGCCUUCGGCCUCAGCGACGUCAACCUGCUUCAGAACCUGGUGUUCGGCAGCCUGAUCUCCGCCGUGGACCCCGUGGCCGUGCUCGCCGUGUUCGAGGAGGCGCGCGUGAAUGAGCCGCUGUACAUGAUGAUCUUCGGGGAGGCCCUCCUCAACGACGGCAUCAGUGUGGUCUUAUACAAUAUACUGAUCGCCUUCACAAAGAUGCACAAGUUCGAAAGCAUCGAGCCUGUGGACGUUUUGGCCGGAUGUGCCCGGUUCAUUAUCGUGGGGGUCGGGGGAGUCUUUUUCGGAAUUAUUUUUGGAUUUGUUUCUGCGUUUAUCACACGUUUCACUCAGAACAUCUCUGCAAUUGAACCGCUCAUUGUCUUCAUGUUCAGCUAUUUGUCUUACUUAUCUGCUGAGACCCUCUACCUCUCGGGCAUCCUGGCCAUCACGGCCUGUGCAGUGACAAUGAAAAAGUACGUGGAGGAGAAUGUGUCCCAGACGUCCUACACGACCAUCAAGUACUUCAUGAAGAUGCUGAGCAGUGUCAGCGAGACCCUGAUCUUCAUCUUCAUGGGCGUGUCCACCGUGGGGAAGAACCACGAGUGGAACUGGGCCUUCGUGGGCUUCACGCUGGCCUUCUGCCUGCUCUGGAGAGCCAUCAGCGUGUUCACUCUCUUCUACGUCAGUAACCGCUUCCGGACCUUCCCUUUCUCCGCCAAGGACCAGUGCAUCAUCUUCUACAGCGGGGUCCGCGGAGCGGGCAGCUUCUCGCUGGCAUUUCUGCUGCCCCUGUCUCUUUUUCCUCGGAAGAACAUGUUCGUCACUGCUACUUUAGUGGUUAUAUAUUUCACUGUAUUUAUUCAGGGAAUCACAAUUGGCCCUCUGGUCAGAUAUCUGGAUGUUAAAAAAACCAAUAAAAAAGAAUCCAUCAAUGAAGAGCUUCACAUCCGUCUGAUGGACCACUUGAAGGCGGGAAUUGAAGAUGUAUGUGGGCAAUGGAGCCACUACCAAGUGCGAGACAAGUUUAAGAAAUUUGAUCAUAAAUAUUUACGGAAAAUCCUGAUCAGAGAAAACCUGCCGAGAUCCAGCAUCGUUUCCUUGUACAAGAAGCUGGAGAUGAAGCAAGCGCUUGAGAUGGCCGAGACCGGGGCGCUGAGCGCCUCAGCCUUCUCCAGGCCCCAUCAGGCCCAGCCAUCACAGGGAACCAAGAGGCUUUCCCCUGAGGACGUGGCAUCCAUGAGGGACCUGCUGACACGCAACAUGUACCAAGUUCGGCAGAGAACACCGUCCUAUAACAAAUACAACCUCCAACCCCAAACAACUGAAAAGCAGGCUAAAGAGAUCCUGAUCCGCCGCCAGAACACCUUGCGGGAGAGCAUGCGGAAAGGCCACAGCCUGCCGUGGGGAACGCCGGCUGGUGCCAAAAACAUCCGCUACCUCUCCUUUCCCUACAGCCGUCCUCGGCCAGCACGGGGAGGCGGGGCGGCUGCUGCCCUCGAAGAUGCGGACAGCAGCGAUUCAGAACUCUCCUUCGCCAUGUUCCAUGAGCACUCUCCAGCACGGUCGCUGCAAGAGAGACAACGGAUACAACAAAUAACCACAGUGAAGAGUUUAAACAGAGGAGGGAAGCUCUCCAGCUCUGGUUAUCAAAUAAGUCCAAGCCAAGAAGAGCAUGUUGGCCGGAGCAGAAAGGCUUUGAGGCCCAAACCGCUAUUCCACCCGGUGGAUGAGGAGCGUGAAUCUGGAGAGGAGAGCGGGGAAGAGGCCUCCCCCCCAGGUGCCGGGCAGUGGGCUGAGCACGGAAGGGAGCCCAGGAGGCCUUUGCUCCGAAGGAAGUAG